AUAUUAGGUUCAUUUUAUAAGUACGCCGGUAGAGAACAGAUCGUUUGUUUGGGAAGUCUACAGAAAAAUUUUCUCGUAUACCUUUUUUCCUAGUAACUUAUACUAAAUUUUCGGUUUUCCUAAAAAAAACUAAAAAAAUUCUUGUGCAAAAUUUAAACAUCAUUUCUAUCGCAAAAAUUAUCGGUGUUGGUUCGUUGCGUUCGCGGGGAUUUUUCGAAACCCGAUAUUUGUUCUGUGGAGUGUACACUGACCAACUAACAGCCAGUCGCCAUGAACAAGAUGGGUCGUUUACAGAGCUCCCUAAGGAUGUCCUCUAGGGUCCUGUGCAAGGCACGCGUCCAGCGCAGCGACCCCGUUCGCUUCGCCUGCGCCGAUAGCAAGCCAAAUUCGAAAGGCGUAGUCGUCGGUCUCUACCAGAAGGAGGGCAACAAGGAUCCGAGACUCACGCCCGCUGGCCAAGUGAUUGACAACAAGGUGCAAGGUAAGCUGAUGAAGGUGAUCUGCGAGACAAAGCUGGACGGGCGACUAGGCCGCGGCAAGGUCUUCCACAAUCUUGACCCCGAUUUCGCGGCGGUGGCCGUCGUGGGAGUCGGCCUCGAAGGCAUCGGCUUCAACGAGCUGGAGAUGCUGGACGAGGGCAUGGAGUUCGUGCGUGUGGCCGCCGGAGUGGGCGCCCGCGCUUUGCAGGAACAGGGGGUCACUCAGGUCGCAGUCGACGGCAUGGACUACGCAGAACAGGCGGCCGAAGGCUCUCAGCUGGCUGUCUGGCGCUUUACGGACAACCUGUCCAAGAAGAACAUGCCUUCAAUCCCCCAACUGACUCUGCACGACUCGCCGGACCAAGAGGGCUGGACGAGGGGCAUUUUCAAGGCGGAGGCCCAGAAUCUGGCCCGCCGGCUCAGCGAUGCCCCUGCCAACUGCAUGACGCCCACCAUGUUUGCCCAGAACGCUGUGGACGCCCUGUGCCCUUGCGGCAUCACCGUCGAGGUGCGCACCAUGGACUGGAUCGAAGCGCAGCGGAUGAACGCCUUUCUGAUGAUCGCCAAGGGCAGUUGUGAGCCGCCAGUACUUCUGGAGCUGAGCUACUGCGGCACCGCGCCCGACGACAAGCCCAUCCUCUUCGUGGGCAAGGGCAUUACCUUCAACUCGGGAGCCCUCAACCUGCGCCCGUGCAAGGGAAUGGAGGAGUAUCGUGGCAGCAUGUCCGCCGCCGCCUGCUGCGUGGCUAUGAUGCGCUGCAUCGCUGCCUUGUCGCUGCCCAUCAACGUCACCUGCAUUAUUCCGCUGUGCGAGAACAUGCCAUCGGGCAUGUCGGCCAAGCCGGGCGACGUGGUCACACUGCUCAACGGCAAAUCGAUGGCCGUGCGCGACCUGGACAAGGCCGGAGUGGUGGUGCUCUCGGAUGCGAUUCUUUACGGCCAGAAGACCUACCUGCCCCGUCUAGUGGUGGACAUUGCCACGCUUAACACUGGCGUGAAGAAGGCCUUCGGCGGCGGCGCCACCGGCAUCUUCUCCAACUCGCACUACAUCUGGAAGCAGUUCCAGCGUGCCGGCUCCCUCUCCGGGGAUCGCGUCUGGCGACUUCCCCUGUGGCAGUACUAUAAAAAGCAGGUCACCGACGAGCGGUCCUUUGACCUGAGCAACAAUGGUCGUGGACUCGCCUCAUCCUGCCUUGCUGCCGCCAUCCUCCACGAGCUGGUGCCCUGCGUGGACUGGGCGCAUCUUGAUACCCGCGGCACUGGCCUGAUCUCCAAGUACGGACUGGUGCCGUAUCUGACCAAAAAGCGGAUGACCGGACGUCCCACACGUACGCUUGUACAGUUCGUCUACCAAAUGGCCUGUCCGGAUCUGAAGUAGUGGAUAGCUGAGCUCUGUGAUGAUUCUGUUACCAUGUGAUCUGCGCGUAAUUACCGAGGCGAUGCGAUGUGUCGCAUUUGUUGUAUAAUUUUGUACAAGUAAAUUAAAGGUUCGGCGUGAAAUUCUGAUAAAGAAAA